AGUAGGGCUCGAGACUCCGCCUCUGAGCGAAAUGCCCGGAGUUUAGUAGCGCUAGUUAGCAUGCUGUGCUAACACUCUGCUAACACUCGGAGCAUCAUUGUUCGCCAGAGUUGUAUGGGCCGUUUGUUAUGGGUCAUGCCUAGUGUUGUCGCUCCAUCACUUACAGUCGCUUCAAUGUCAGAAAUCCAAGCCAGAAACUUGAGAAUGACACUACCUUUUGGCCCAUAGUUUUCCUGCCCAUCCUUCACCAUGAGCCUCAUUCAAGACAAACUGGGAAACGAGUUCCUGCGCUCCAACGGCGGCAUGGACGCCAACUUUGGCCCCGGGAUGAUCAUGUUCAGUCACCUACCUCCAGUCACCAGCUUCACCCGCCUCGCCGCUCAAACCGUCAUGCAAGACCUACCACCAGCAGAGAUGAUCCUAAAGAAAGAGCGUGACUCUCCAGACUGCAGCAUGGGUCUACAGACCAGCACCAUGAACUGUUCAGGGGUGGGUGACUACGUUCACUCGAUGGGGAUCAAACAGGAGAAGAUGUCAGAACAUGAUUACCGUUUGCCCCUUUACCCCGGAGCCCUGGGCAAGAGCGCCGACCUGCUGGAGGUGACUGUGGGCAGCAGCCAGGGCCUCAUGGUGCACGACCUCAACAUGGGCAGCCUGCCGAGUCAGUUAGGAAAAGAGCCCAGUGGGAAGAAAGGUCGGAGGUCAAAUGGUGAUGGACAGGAGGGUAAACCAAGAAAGAAGCGCAGUGAAAAGCAAUCAAUGAUGCUGGAUGCAGACGGAGGCAGUCUUUCACCAGGAACCAAGCCUCACAUCUGUGAACACUGCAAUGCUGCCUUCAGGAGCUCCUACCACCUACGCAGACAUGUGCUGAUUCACACAGGUGAAAGACCGUUCAGGUGCAAUCAGUGCAACAUGAGUUUCAUCCAGAAGUAUCUGCUCCAGCGUCAUGAGAAAAUCCACAGUGGAGAAAAGCCAUUCAGCUGUGACCAGUGCAACAUGCGCUUCAUUCAGAAGUACCACAUGGAGCGCCACAAGAGGACACACAGCGGAGAGAAGCCGUACAGGUGUGAGACCUGCCAACAGUAUUUCUCUAGGACUGACCGGCUGCUGAAGCACAAGCGCACCUGUGGAGAGGCGCUGAAGAAAGGGCUGGACCCCGGGAUGAUGGACAUGGACUGUGUGGACAUGGGACAUGGCAGCUAUGGGAUCACUCAGGGAAACGCCAGCAGCACAGGGCGCAAACGAAGGUCUAAAAACAACCCCGAGGGAGGAGAGCGCAGGAAGAAGAAGGGGGACGCAGAGAGAGUCCCUCACCUGGAGGGGGCAGUGUCUGGAGGCUACAGUAUUCACGAGUACGCUGUGGAGAAUCAGACUGUGUCCUCCACCACAGAGCCAGGGCCCAGCAUGCAGCACCAUGGCCGUGCCCCUAAAAUGGCCUUUAAGAAAGCCAACCGCAACAAGGCAGCUCAGGCCAAGCACGGGUCAAUGGAGCAGACAGGAGCCAUGGACAGCAUGAUGCAGGAGAAUGGCCCCAAAGCCGGGCCCACAAGUAACUAUGACGAUGCCAUGCAGUUCAUCAAGAAGAAGCGCUAUCUUCAUGCAGCUAACAAUGCUAACAGUGCUAACACCAGCACGCCCGUGGUGUCCACAGCCACCAGCAGUGAGUAUGAUGUGGGUCACCUGACCACUCAGGCCGGCAUGUCCACUGUGAUGGACUCUGACCCUCACUUGAGCCUGGACAGGACGGGCAUCCCAGACGAGGUGCUGCAGAGUCUGCUGGAGCACUACAGCCAGAAGGGAGAUGGAGCCCACCACGAAGUGUUUGACAUGAGCGAGGCCCACGUGGAGCUGGCGGCAGCGUCCGUGGACAGCUCAGGGCUGGUCCACAGUGACGGCUCCAGUCCCUCUGUGGACAAGAACAUCAUGAUGAACGAGUACUCGCGCUUCCUGCUGCAGGCAUUGGAGCGCACCAGCCACAGUGCCAGUUUCCCGGUGGGUCCCUCCCCGCCCUCGUCGGGCCCAUACACCAGCUCCCACCCGGGCACCCCUCUGUACUCAGACAAGAGCAUCUACACCAGCUCUCCUCUGGACUGUGGCUUUGGUCAGUCUGUGGCAUCUCCUUCUCUGCCGUCGGCGGUGCCAAAGUCUCACUUCACUCUGCUCUCCGGCUCAUCUCCUCAGCACAGCUUCCACCUGAGCGGCCUGGAGCCCUCUCACCAGCAGCUCACCCCCUCCCAGGAGCUAACGGAGCAGCUGGACAAAGCCCACUCGUCCACGCCCCCCUCCUCUUACAUGGGCCCGUCUGACCUGAGCGUGCCCAAGGAGCAGACUGUGAAGAGCUCUGCGGUCUACCCCCUGGUGCCCUCUCAGGAGCUCACACCUUUGGACUCGGCCAAGCCUUCGUACCAGAUCGAGAACUUUGCUCAGGCCUUUGGCUCCCAGUUCAAGUCUGAGGGUCUGUCGUACGGCAGUGAGUCUGGCGAGGUGGACCACCGGACGCCUGUGUCUGAAUUCUCAGGGUAUACUUUGUUGUCUGAUGUCAAUGAGCCAGUAAGUACAGGUUCCAAAACUCCAACAAGCCAAAGUUUCAGAUGAGCCUGAGGGAGAGACACUUCUGUGCUUCUAUUUUAUUAAUAUUGUUAUUUUUUUAAGGGACUUUAUUUUAAUUAUGAUGAUGCUCUGUUUUGUGCCCAUGUCUCUCCCACAAUAAGCCUGCGAGGCUCUGCAAAUGCAUUUUAAACUCUUAUUUUAAGUUAAUAAUGUAUUGACUGUUUACUGUUGUCACGUAGUGCUGUUGGCUCUGCUCAUGAAUCAUGAUUUCACACUCCUGUAGUUUAGGUGUAGAGUAGCACCACACGUUAUUGUGCUGUUUGAGCAAUCAACUUUACAAUUGUAAAAUAAUAAUGGAAGUAACCAUGAUGGCAGGGAUAGCCCAGAACUGAACUAGCAAAAAGGUUUUGCCUGUUACAAGGUUUAAAGUAUUACUCAGGAAAAGUGCAAAGGAGAAGCCUCAGGGUGCAGGGGCACCCUCCCAGACAAAGUCUAAAAUUUGGGACUUGUUUUGUUACUUGUGGAAUGAGUGUGACAUAAACAGACUGCUGCCAGCUCACUUGAACACUGAAAACACUUUCUUCUUGGCUUUAUAGAGAUUAUGGUACUUUCGUGUCAAUGUGAAACUCAUUUUCUUCAAUAAGGGCCAUAUAUAUAUCUAUAUAUAUUUAUAAGAAUAUAUAUAUAAUGUAAAAUAACAGAUUUAAUCACUCUGGGGAUCUGCCAGUUGAAGAGGGGGCGAGGGCAGGCUAUGGGGUAAAUGUUGUCCUGGUUAUAUUUUUUGGAGAACACAGUGAUGUUAGGGCUUUUCUUGGGCCAAUAGGGGGCGCUGUUGGACAGCUCUAGAAUGGCCUUCCCCUUCCUGCACUCCUUGUCUUCCUCAGCGGUCUUAUUUCUUUAAAAGAAUUCAGUAGCACUUUGAGCCGUUGUAAAACAUUGAGUAAAAGGGCCUCAUUGGGAUCAUGACAGCAGGUCACAUGACUGACUCACAGUGGCUGUUUGGGCUUAUGCAGAAGGGACUGGGAGCUGGGUGGGAUGGUUCUAUUAUUAAAAUGGGAUGUUUUUUUUUCUAAAAUAAUAAAUUCUCUUUCUCCUUAAUGUGGGAGGGGCUGAGGGAGGGCGGGUCCACAUUUAAUCGGGUUAUUGUAAAUGUAUGAAACCCCCUAGCUUUAGUUUUUGAUUGUUCCCCAAUUUAGCGUUUUGCUUUUUCCUAUUGAAAUACGUGUUAGUGAUUGAAUAUUGCCUGAGCUGUUACAGAUGGAGCCUUGUGCUUGAACAUGGCUGUCCUUUGGACUGUCUGCAUUGAAUUGUCUGAUCAGGCCCUUCAUGUGUGCUGGCAGUAACAGAACAUUUGUCCCCCUUUUCGCAAUUUGGGUGCCUCAUCCUGUAAAGUGCAGGUGCAAAUAUUGUCUUGUAAGCAUUAGGUGUACUUUGUUGAUUUUAUACUUGUAUUUAUGCUGUACUUUUUGUAAAGGCAACAAUAAGUGCGCUGUCUUCCGUAGGUACACAACGCCAAUAGUGCUGAAUGCCCAGUGACCUCUUGUUUUAAAGCAAUCAUGAAAAUGGCGGAGUGAAUGCUAUGCUGAAAUAUCUGAAAUAAUAAGAUGCCAUACAGUGAAGGGGCGGUCCGAGCCUCACAUAUACCUCAUAACGCAUCGAGCCCGCGCUGGGUCGAUGUUUGUAGCAGAAAUGCUGUUGUAUUUAAUGCUGUCAUCUUUCUGUGUAACUGUUUUUGACUCAUUUCUUCAUGUGGCAUUGCCCUGACCCAUUUUCUUGCUUAAGGGUUGUUUUUUUUCCAAAUGUCACAUACCAGCCAGUGUUCAUGGAUUAUUUAACACAUUUUGUUUCUCGAUGCUUGUUUACAAAAAUGUACAAAACACUACGUAUGUCUUUACCUAAUUCUUUGCCCUUGUGUAAAUUUCUUUAGUUACUUUCCCUUUUUGAAUCACCGCCAAAUUUUGUAGUCAAAAUAUCCUUCAUUUUUAUGUUUUCUUGUGGAUAUCUGCACAAGACUGUACUGUCCAAUGAAUUGCAAAUGAAUUCGGGAGAAAACAAUAAAAUGCUCUCAUUUGUAGAGAA